AAUAAAUAGGCUAUAAAGCGAUUAACCAAAACAGUUUUCUCUGGGGGAAAGAAAAUGUACACGAGGCUUUUUUUUUUUUUUUUCCUCCAAAACAGAAGUAAAUUGUAGCUAUUUAUCUAAAAGAAGAAGAAAAAACGAUUGCUUAUGGUGCAAGAUGGUCUAUAAUAAGACUUUCCACUUUUCGUUUUAAUUAAAUUAUCGAGCGCGUUCGCGUACGGACAUUUUUUUUUUUUCUCCGAGAUUUUGAAAGGUGGUCAUAAAUUUCUUUCAAGGACUUAACUUAAAGUAAGCAUGAGGUGGGCUGGCAGAUGCGGCAUCGAGCGAAUGGAGUUUAGUGGGAGGAGCCUAAGAAAGGUACCGCUCCUUCAGCAUCCUUCCCAAAGAGCAUCCUAAGAAGCUCCUGACUUGCAAUGAAUGGGACGCAAGUAUGCCGCCUGAAACAAAUUAACAGACACCAUUAACGGCACUUUCCUCUUAAUAAAAUACGCCGGGACUAUGAAUCUGGAUAAACCCUUUGAGACACCCGAGGACUCGACAAAGAGUAAGACAUUUUGAGGGAACUGGGAAAAGUGUCAGUGAGUGGAUUUUCAUCUUUCUUCACUGAAUUCUAUAACUUUGAGGAUGCCGGUUUUGAAAAGGGAACAAGCAAGAGACACGGGAGAUCCAAGUGGCCUUCCGAAGCUCCCAGUGCCCCCUUUGCAGCAAACACUGGACAUGUACCUGAAGUGCAUGAGUCACCUCAUACCAGAGGAGCAGUUCAGAAAGACAAAGGCUAUUGUAGAGAAAUUUGGAGCACCUGGUGGAAUGGGAGAAUUUCUUCAGAAAAAGUUACUGGAGAGAAGCGAUCUUAAGGCCAAUUGGGUGUAUGACUACUGGCUCGAAGACAUGUAUUUGAGCAACAGAUUAGCACUACCUGUCAACUCCAGUCCUGUUAUGGUCUUUCCUAAGCAGAACUUCAGGUGUCAAAGUGACGUCCUCAGAUUUGCUGCCCAUCUCAUUUCUGGCAUAUUAGAGUAUAAAUCUCUUAUUGAUGGGCGUGCCCUCCCUGUAGACUACGCUCGAGGGCAGCUGGCCGGGACGCCCCUGUGUAUGGAUCAGUACAACAAGGUCUUCACCUCGUACCGUCUGCCGGGGCCAAAAACCGACACUUUAGUGGCUCAGAAGAGCACAGUUAUGCCUGAGCCCGAACAUAUAAUAGUGGCUUGUAAGAAUCAGUUUUUUGUUCUCGAUGUGGUGAUAAACUUUCGUCGACUGAAUGAAAAAGACCUUUACACUCAGCUGGAGCGAAUCAGAAAGAUGGCAGACAUUGAAGAGGAGUGUCUGCCUCCUAUCGGUCUGCUCACAUCAGAUGGCAGAACUCAGUGGGCCGAGGCUCGCAGCGUACUUAUCAAAGAUUCUACCAACAGGGACUCUCUAGACAUGAUUGAACGCUGUCUGUGUCUGGUGUGUUUGGACGAGCCGUCUGGCAUUGAACUGACUGAUACCAAUCGAGCUUCACUGAUGCUCCACGGAGGGGGCAUGGAAAAAAAUGGGGGCAACCGCUGGUACGACAAGCCCAUGCAGUUUGUGAUAGGUGCAGACGGAUGCUGCGGUGUUGUAUGUGAACACUCCCCUUUUGAGGGAAUAGUGCUGGUGCAAUGUACAGAGUAUCUACUGAGAUACAUGAGAGGAAGCCCUUCUAAACUGGUGAGAGCGGCCAGCAUGAGUGAGCUUCCUGCCCCCAGACGACUGCGCUGGAAAUGCUCAUCAGAUAUCCAAAAGCUCCUCAUGGCCUCAGAAGAUAAAUUACAGAGACUUGUGAAAAAUCUGGAUAUGAAUGUCAGCAAAUUCACUGGUUAUGGCAAAGAGUUCAUCAAGAGACAGAAAAUGAGCCCUGAUGCUUAUGUUCAAGUUGCCCUCCAGUUUGCAUUUUACAGAUGUCACGGACGUCUAGUGCCCACCUAUGAAAGUGCAUCAAUACGCCGCUUUCAAGAGGGACGAGUUGACAACAUUCGCUCUUCCACACCUGAGGCCUUUGCAUUUGUGAAAGCUAUGGCCAACAGCUCCAAAAUCACUGAUGCUGAGAAAAUGGAGAUGCUUUGGACUGCCAUUAAAGCCCAAACCAAUUAUACAAUUCUAGCAAUCACUGGGAUGGCAAUAGACAAUCACUUGUUGGGGCUGCGAGAGAUUGCCAAGGAGCUAAAACUCGAAAAGCCAGAGCUGUUUUCUGAUACAACCUAUACCACCAGCAUCCAGUUCAUUCUAUCUACAAGCCAGGUUCCUACCACUGAGGAGAUGUUCUGCUGCUAUGGUCCUGUUGUCCCUAACGGCUACGGAGCCUGCUACAAUCCUCAGACGGACCACAUCAUCUUCUGUGUGUCAAGCUUCCGUGACAGUGCUGAGACCAGCUCAGAUUUGUUUGUGAAGACUCUUGAGGGAUGCCUGAAGGAAAUGCAAGAUCUAUGCCAAAAAUGCAACACUGAAGCUAAACCAGCUGAUUCCACAGAAGGGAUGGAGGGAACUCCCAAGGUAAUGAAGAAUGGAAGCAAGUCAUAGCAAAAAGCUAAAAUGUUUAAAUCGCAUGGAAGAUGCAGGAAGAAACCAAUGUGACUGUACAAAGAGUAAACAUUUCAGGAGAAAAUCAUAGUCUCAAAAAUAUAGCAAGGAUCAUGGACUGAUUUAGUGAAUACAUUUGAUAUGCAAAAGAAUUGAAGUAGGCAUUCCCCUUAGGUAUUUCCUCUAUAUUACAGAUAUAGAGAAGUGAUAUACAGAUUAUAACAGAAGUGGCAUAGAGAUUCUAUGGAGCUGCAGUCGCUUGACAAUAGUACUAAGUAGAUCUAUUUAGGUGUUUUGCAAUAUUUGGCCUAUGAGAGCAUACAGAUUAAAAAAGGAACAGAUGAAGCUCAGAUUCACAGUAGCUCCUGCCUUGGUCUGUCUCCAAGAAUCCUACCCAGUUUUUUAGUCUGUCUAAAGGCAAGCUCACACUACACUACUGUAUGACUACCUGAUUUGCUGUGGUGCUCACAGUACACAAGGUUUUUGUCAUCUGUAAUUGUCUGGUCAUAGCAGCGCACAUAAUAUCCAACACAACGAUGACGAGGUGCACAAACUACAAGACAUUUGGUCAAGAGGCAGUCCCGAAUAUAACAGCGAAAAAAGUUCUUACAAAAAUUCACAUGAGUAAUUCACGCAAGCGAUUAUGAGAUUUUUCCGUUUAUACCAUCUGCACUGUGAUUGGCUGGAUUAGUUCCAAUUUGUCGUUGCAUUGCACACACACUACAAGAUCACGUGGCGAUAUAUGAAACAGGUUUGAAAGUAUCGCAGCGUCUGUGAUUGCUCGAGACCAGUGCUGGGGUAACGCAUUACAAGUAACGCGAGUUAUAUAAUUAGAUUACUUUUGUCAAGUAACUAGUAAAGUAACGCAUUACUUUUAAAUUUACAACAAAAUAAGUUUACUUUUUCAAAUAAGUAGGCCUAACUCAAGUUACUUUGAUUUCCCAUUUAUUGACUGACAGCUCUCCUGUCCCCAUGUUGAAAUUGUGAGUAGGCUAAGUUCAGAGGCGUUGUGUGCGCUGUGUAAACAUGUUGGUUAUUCUAGACUAGUUUUAAGGCACGUUCACACCAAGAACGACAAAGAUAACGAUAAAUAUAGUUCCAAAAGUCAUUCUAAAAAUAGCACUGUCCACACCACAGCUAUAACGAUAACGAUAUAGAGAAACGAUAUCAUUGGGAUCACUUUCAGAACGAUUUUUUCCCCAGCUGUCAGUGUUUGAACAAUAAAACACUGACAGCCAAUCAGAAUCCAUUCUAAUUUAAGGGCUCGCGCAUUUAAAAUGGCAUACGACAUUACGGAGAAGUUAAUCGCCAUGGUCCAGAAAAAGCCACCGCUGUUUGACAAGUCAAAAAAUGAGAUCAUAAUGCCAGGCUAGCAAACAGUGUAAUAUAAAAUUACCUCAGGUAUCCAGCACUGGUUUCAACAACAUUGUCUUGAUUCCUUUGAAGUAGCAGUGAAAAACACUAGGCGUUGUUUUUAUUCCACUACUGACUUUCUCAGGUAAAUUCACUGUUAGAUUAGAUCGAUUGCACUAGCUAUUCACUCGAAACAGCAUGCUGAGGACAUCUGCUGGUUAAAGCCGUGUAAAUGCAACAAGAACAUGUUGUACACAUUUUAAAACCUCAGCGCGUGAGCUUAGAAUAAACAGACCGUUAUCGUUCGUUGGUGUGAACGCAAAUAGUUAUCGUUAUAGUUAUCGUUCUUGGUGUGAACGGGCCUUAGACUAAAUGUGAGCAUACUUUUACUCAUUUACUUCUCCUGCAGUGUUGCCAGAUUGGAAAUGUCCAAGUAUCGUACCAGAAGCUCAAAAUUAUCGUAUUUGGAAGAAAAUUAUCGUACACAAGUUUUUAGUAUAGAUAAAUUAACUAAUAACUAAUGAUUUUUACAAUGGAAUGAAUCAAUACUGAACUUACUUAAGCUGGACAAUCACACUAUUUUUAGCUGCUGUACAGACAAAAUUAUGUUCCCUCUAUCACUGUAAGCUACUUUGACACAAUCUUCAUUGUAAAAAGCGAUACUUUUAACUGACUGACUUUGCGAGGGAAAGGGCCUUUACAUUUUCCAAAAAUAUAACUUUUUUAUUGUUAUAAAAACAAACAAACAGUCCAGCCCAGAUGAGAAAAAUUAACGCAAAAGUAACAUAACAUUAAUUUCCAUAAAAAGUAACUAACACAUUUAGUUACUUUUUUAGGGAGUAACGCAAUAUUGUAAUGCAUUAAUUUUAAAAGUAACUUUCCCCAACACUGCUCAAAACAGGCUCAGAGCACGUCGCUGCUCAUACUUAAGGAGCAUCAGCGACCGCAAUGAGCACGGAUUUGGCCGCGACCUGGGGGUUUUGUCGCAGACCUUGAAAAUCUGUCUGUGACAGCAGAAUCCAGCCAAAAGUCAUGUAGUGUGAGCUUGCCCUAAAAGUAUAUUAUAGUUGACAAUGUCAAAGGCAGCAUUAAAAGGACAGUCCACCCAAAAAUGUACAUUCAGUAAUCAUUUCCCCAUCCUCAUGCCGUUCCAAAUCUGUAUGACUUUCUUUCUUUUGUGGAACACAAAAGGAGAUAUUUUGAAUGUUGUUUUUGUCCAAAAUAACACUGACUUGGUGCUUGCCGUCGGAAAUCAGACUGGAAUUUUUUAAAGUAGUUGUUUGUCUUUAUGAAAAAAAUAUGACAUUCUCAAUGAUGCUGCCUUUGAGAUCCUGUAGUUUAGUACGCAUAUGAAAAUUGUGAUAUGAUAGCCUAUAGCUGUUUACAAUCUAUACCAGUUUUUUUAAUGGUCAUGUCAGAGUCACCAUACCUUACGGUUAGUAAUGCUGUCAAGAUACAGUACUCUGAAUGACGACUCUGUGGAACAGGACCAGAAGCUGCUAUUUAACUUUAUCUUUGUGAGUCUCACAUUCACAUUUCAAAGUCUGUUUUAUGUAUUUUAAAUCAAAGAUCUAUCUGUUUAAAAUAAAUAAAUAUAUAUAUAUAUAUGGCAAAUUCUAUUUUGGGUCUGCAGUAUACAAAAAAAAUGUCAGGACCAGGCAUUAUAAUUUAUACUGUAUGGUAUUAUAGCUUUAAAGUGUGCUGUGGUUUAAGUGUUCUAUAAAUUGAAUUCUCAAUGGGCCAUAUUCUGAAAUGCACAGUCUGAGCUCCUAAAAACAAGCCAGUGUGCAUAAAUGUUUAAAGAAUAUCAUCCAUUGCAAACCAGCAUGUUGCAUGAACAUUGUUACGUCAUUCUAUUCUGUGGGGUUGUCUUGAUUUCCAAUGCAAUAAUAGUAACAGGGAUUUUUGAUUUCCAAUGCAAUAGCAGAAAUUAAUGGUUUAUUACAGUGGCAAAAGCUUUUUUUUUAGUACAAUCAUCAUUGUAUAUGUGACAAUGUUCUUAUAUUAAGUCUGAAAAUGACACUGACCUGUUGCACAGUAGGUCUAUACAGUAUAUCUAAACAAAAAAGAACAAUAUUUGAUGUUUGUCUAAUGUACACAGAUAAAGACUGAGUGAAAAUGUUUUUAUAUUGUGAAAUUCCAUUGAACACUGUGUUUUUCAAAUGUGUGUAAUUUGUAUAUCCUAUGUGUUGAACUAGUCAUGAUAGUAAUUGUAAAGUAUAGGUCUAAAAAAUCUAAAACAGUGAUGCCUUGAGAAAUGUAUUUUAGCACUUUAUAACUAGAUCAAAUAUGUACUGUAGUAAAAUAGCUUAGCUGAAAUUAACUAAUAAACCACUCAAUCAUGUUAUACUAGAUUAUAGAGAGAAUACGUAUACUGCAUAUAUAGAGAAAUUAUAGCCUUAGUAUUGGUAAUAGAAUAUGUCAGUAGUUGCACAUCUUGACCUCAUGUUGAGCAUGAAUACAUGAGAAUGAGGAAACAUGGGGAAAACAGCAAACAUGUGAAAGUGAAGUUGUAACAGAAUGUAUUUUGUUAAACUGGUGGUGUGCUUAAACUGUGAUGUUCUUUAUAUAUAUUUAUUUUUCUAAGUUAGAAUUUUCAAAAGAUAAAGGGUCUAUUUAUCAAUAUCACUGUAUGUUCAAAUGAUGCCAUAAAAAAAUACUAAUCAAAACCAA